AUGGAGGAUUUGUGGGUUCUGUAUUGUGGGGAAUCUGCUCCUUCCAAUUUUGACUUUCUAGGCCAUCCUUCUUCAUGCACCAAUCACUUGUUGAUAAUUUGCUUGGACAUAGUUCUGUUAGCAAUGCUUUUGUUCACUAUGUUUCACAAGUCAUCAACAUCGAAAUCAGCUCACAUUCCAGCCCGGUAUCGAGGCUUUUCGAGUUUGCAAAUAGUGUCUGCAAUUUUCAAUGGCUGUCUUGGAGUUGUGUACUUUAGCUUGGGAACCUGGAUUUUAGUACAGAAGCUUAAGGGUUCAGGAUCCGCUUUGCCUUUGAAUUGGUGGUUACUUGCUUUGUUUCAAGGGUCAACAUGGCUAUUGGUGAGUUUGAGUCUAAGCAUCAGGGGUAAACAACUUCCAAGGCAACCUUCAAGACUGUUGUCUGUCCUUACAUUCCUGUUUUCUGGAAUUGUCUGCGCUCUAUCGCUCUUCGCGGUCAUUUUUGGGGAAGAAAUAUCUGUGAAGAUAGUUCUAGAUAUGCUAUCUUUUCCAGGAGCAGCAUUGUUGCUGUUAUGUGUUUAUAAGGGUUAUACACAUGAAGAGGGCGAUGAUGAGAGCCUCAAUGGAAAUGGCCUUUUUACUCCUCUUUUUAAUGGCGAGUCCAAUGUCACUAGUAAAGGUGAAGAUCAUGUUACCCCAUUUGCCAAAGCUGGAUUCUUCAGUAAAAUGUCACUUUGGUGGCUGAAUUCAUUGAUGAAGAAGGGUAGGGAGAAAACUCUUGAGGAUGAAGACAUACCAAAGCUGCGUGAGGAAGAUCAAGCAGAAAGCUGUUAUCUGCUAUACUUGGAGCAACUGAGCAAGCAGAAAAAAAUUGAUCCGUCUUCCCAACCAUCAGUGUUAAAGACGAUAAUCAUAUGCCACUGGAAGGAGAUCUUACUAUCUGGCUUCUUUGCUUUACUUAAGAUAGUCACUCUCUCUGCUGGUCCUUUGCUUCUCAAUGCCUUUAUUUUGGUUGCUGAGGGAAAGGAAAGUUUCAAAUAUGAAGGUUAUGUGUUAGCCAUAACACUUUUCCUUUCAAAAACCAUGGAAUCUUUAUCACAAAGGCAAUGGUACUUCAGAUGCAGGCUUAUUGGUUUGAAAAUUAGGUCUUUGCUCACAGCAGCCAUUUACAAGAAGCAAUUGAGAUUAUCUAAUGCUGCUAAGUUGACACACUCAGGUGGUGAGAUUAUGAAUUAUGUUACAGUGGAUGCUUAUAGGGUUGGAGAGUUUCCAUUUUGGUUCCAUCAGACUUGGACAACUAGCCUCCAGCUUUGUUUUGCUUUGGUAAUUCUUUUCCGUGCAGUCGGCCUAGCCACAUUCGCAUCAUUGGUGGUCAUAGUUUUGACUGUUGUUUGCAAUGCUCCACUUGCUAAGUUACAACAUAAGUUUCAAAGUAAGCUUAUGGUGGCACAAGAUGAAAGACUCAAGGCAUGUUCUGAAGCUCUUAUAAACAUGAAGGUACUAAAACUGUAUGCAUGGGAAACCCAUUUCAAGAAGGCAAUAGAGAAAAUGAGGAAGGAGGAGCAUAAAUGGUUAUCUGCUGUACAGCUGAGGAAAGCAUAUAACACCUAUCUCUUUUGGUCAUCUCCUGUUUUGGUUUCUGCUGCAACAUUUGGGGCAUGCUAUUUUCUCGGAAUUCCAUUGCAUGCAAACAAUGUCUUCACUUUCGUUGCAACUUUGGGCCUUGUUCAGAACCCUAUUCAAUCUAUACCUGAGGUUAUUGGGGUUGUCAUUCAAGCCAAGGUUGCUUUUGAGCGUAUUGUGAAAUUCCUUGAGGCACCAGAGCUGCACACUUCAAAUGUCAGGAAGUGCAACAUGAAGAAUGUAGCACAUUCCAUUGUUAUCAAGUCAGCUAGUUUCUCAUGGGAAGAGAACUUAUCAAAGGCCACACUGAGAAAUAUAAAUCUAGCGGUUACCCCUGGUCAGAAGGUGGCUAUAUGCGGAGAAGUUGGCUCAGGAAAAUCAAGCCUCCUAGCUGCAAUUCUCGGGGAAAUUCCAAAUGUUCAAGGAAAUAUUCAAGUUUUUGGGAAGAUUGCCUAUGUUUCUCAAACGGCAUGGAUCCAGACAGGGACAAUACAGGAGAAUAUUCUAUUUAGUUCUGCUAUGGAUAGUGAACGAUACCGAGAAACGCUUGAGAGAUGUUCACUUGUCAAGGACCUUGAGUUACUUCCCUAUGGUGAUCUUACUGAAAUAGGGGAGAGAGGGGUCAAUCUCAGUGGUGGUCAGAAGCAGCGGAUUCAACUUGCUCGUGCUCUCUAUCAGAAUGCUGACAUAUAUCUCUUGGAUGAUCCAUUUAGUGCUGUUGACGCACAUACUGCUACUAACCUGUUUAAUGAAUAUGUUAUGGAAGCACUUUCAGGGAAGACAGUCUUACUUGUGACCCAUCAAGUUGAUUUCCUGCCUGCAUUUGAUUCGGUGUUGUUGAUGUUAGAUGGUGAAAUCCUUCAAGCAGCUCCUUAUUAUCAGUUAUUGGAAUCGAGCCAGGAAUUUCAGGACCUUGUCAAUGCACACAAGGAAACUGCUGGUUCUGAAAGGCUUUCAGAUGUUCCUUCUGCCCAAAAUUCUGUAACACCGUCCAGAGAGAUUAGGAAGGCUUAUGUAGAGAAGCAAAUAUUGAAAGGAAAUAAAGGUGACCAGUUGAUUAAGAUAGAAGAGAGAGAAACAGGCGACACUGGUUUAAGGCCUUACAAACAGUAUCUGAAACAAAACAAAGGGGUAUUCUACUUCUCAGCCGCUGUUCUUUUUCACCUGACGUUUGUUAUUAGUCAGAUAGCACAGAACUCUUGGAUGGCUGCUAAUGUUGAUAAUCCUAAUGUUAGCUCAUUGCAAUUGAUAGUGGUUUACCUGUCAAUUGGAUUUUCAGCAACAUUUCUUUUGCUGUUUAGAUCUCUGCUAACAGUUGUUUUGGGACUUGAGGCAUCAAAGUCAUUGUUUUCUCAGCUACUAAACUCUCUAUUUCGUGCACCAAUGUCUUUCUAUGACUCAACACCUCUGGGAAGGAUACUUAGUCGGGUUUCAGCUGAUCUAAGUAUCGUAGAUCUUGAUAUCCCAUUCAGCCUUCUCUUUGCUUGUGGAGCUACUAUAAAUGCUUACUCCAAUCUUGGAGUACUAGCUGUUGUUACAUGGCAAGUCCUGUUUGUUUUGAUACCAAUGGUCUUUCUGGCAAUUCAGCUACAGAAAUAUUAUUUUUCCACUGCAAAGGAGUUGAUGAGGAUCAAUGGAACAACUAAGUCCUUUGUAGCAAACCAUCUAGCGGAGUCUGUUUCAGGAGCCAUUACAAUAAGAGCUUUCAAUGAAGAAGACCGCUUCUUGGCAAAGAAUUUUCACCUCAUUGACACAAAUGCUAGUCCCUUUUUUCAUAGUUUUGCAGCAAAUGAGUGGUUAAUUCAACGGUUAGAAAUAAUCUGCGCAGCAGUUCUCGCAUCUGCAGCACUGUGUAUGGUUUUGCUUCCAACCGGAACUUUUAGCUCUGGGUUUAUUGGAAUGGCGCUUUCUUAUGGUCUUUCACUAAACAUGUCAUUGAUCUAUUCGAUUCAAUUCCAGUGCACUGUAGCAAAUUACAUAAUAUCUGUUGAAAGACUAAAUCAGUACACACAUAUACCAAGUGAAGCCCCUGAAGUUAUAGAGGGAAACCGUCCACCUCCCAACUGGCCUGUUGUAGGUAAAGUGGAGAUACAAAAUUUGCAGAUAAGAUAUAGGCCCGACACACCACUUGUUCUUCGAGGAAUCAGUUGCAUUUUUGAAGGAGGACACAAGAUUGGUAUUGUUGGUCGUACAGGCAGUGGGAAGUCUACUCUCAUCGGUGCUUUAUUUCGUCUGGUGGAGCCAGCUGGAGGGAAGAUCACAGUCGAUGGCAUUGACAUCUCUACUAUAGGACUCCAUGAUCUGAGGUCAAGAUUUGGAAUAAUACCUCAAGACCCUACUCUCUUUUAUGGGACUGUUAGAUACAAUUUGGAUCCCCUAUAUCAACAUUCAGACCCUGAGAUAUGGGAGGUUCUUGGGAAGUGUCAGCUACGAGAGGCUGUUCAAGAAAAAGAAGGCGGCUUAGACUCUUUAGUUGUGGAAGAUGGAUCAAACUGGAGCAUGGGGCAAAGGCAGCUGUUCUGUUUGGGCCGAGCUCUAUUGAGAAGAAGUCGCGUAUUGGUGCUUGAUGAAGCAACUGCUUCCAUUGACAAUGCAACUGAUAUGAUCUUACAGAAGACUAUACGCACUGAAUUUGCAGAUUGUACAGUUAUUACAGUAGCUCACAGGAUACCGACUGUGAUGGAUUGCACAAUGGUCCUUGCCAUUAGUGACGGGAAAAUAGUGGAGUAUGAUGAGCCAAUGAACCUAAUGAAAAGGGAAGGCUCACUAUUCGGGCAGCUUGUCAAGGAAUACUGGUCUCAUCUCCAGUCUGCAGAAGCACAUUGAACGUGACAAUAGCUGCGAUGUAGCCUUUCUGCUACGGUGACAACAGUUGCGCAGCAAUUGCUCGAUGAAGAAGUGAGGUGGGGAGAGUAAUAGCAAGCAACCUGAGGAGUAGGAGAUCAUAUUCGGAGUUCUUCAUGCGGGGUAUUCACUACCUUAUUCCUACAAUGCGAUGAAAAAUAAUGGUUUACUUAGCAUAGAUCAUUGCUAUUUAGAAACUCAGAUCUCUUGUCAGCUCAUAAUCAGUCACCACCAAAGAAUGUAAUCUCCAGUAUAGUGUAUCCACGAUGUACUGUAUUGUAUGUAUCAAGACCAUGAUGAAGAAUGCAAAAUGUAAAAGCAAUUUCCAAACAAGAUGUAGUCCGAC